AUGGAGGUGAACUUCCUCAUCUUCGCGCCCUCAUGGACCGUCCUCGCACUCGGUGCCCUGAUCGUCGUCCCGCUCAAAUUCUCCCACAUGCUCUCAUCAAAAGCCGCCAAGGUCGGCCUCCUCGUCCUCGAAGGCCUGACGAUGCUGUACUGGUUCGGCGGGUUCGUCGCACUAGCAGUCUUCCUGAGCGACCGGAUCUGCUUCGGAACUGUGUGCGACGUUGCACGCGCAAGCACAGCGAUCAGUGCAGUGAACUGGCUGAUGUGGGCGGUCACCUUUGGGUUCGGCGUGUUCCAGAUGGUCAAGAGUGGAAGCAGUUGGGACCUUCGGCAAGAGGCAACCGAUGGGUACGGGCAAAGUGGAGAUGCAUCAGGGUGUAUAAAUCGAGCGACUGUGUUGGUGUUUGAUGAACGGUUCUAA